GUAUAGAUGUGUGAAGGCCGAAGGGCGUACAAAUGAAGACAAUCUCUGGAAAGCCUAUAUCAGCAAAACCAAUUUCUCUUUCGAAAGCUGCAAAAAUCCUCUCAAAGUUUAUCUCUGCUGAGAAUGGUGCUUCACAUGUUGUCAGUGCAUAUCUCCGUCGGGCCUCUAGUUCAUUCAGUGAGCUGAACCAGCUCCACAAGGAGCUCAAAUCACCACAUUCUGAUCGGAAGCACAAAAGGAGUAGAUCAAAGACUCGUGAUGACAAAGGGAAAUUCGGAGUGGGGGAAGCUGAUCACAGGCCAUUAGCUGAGGCUGGAGAUGAAAAUGAAGAGAAACCAACUCAUGGUGGUCUUGAUUUUAGUCAAGAACCCGUUGAGAGAGAGAAGCAUAAGAAGAAAAAGAAACUUGAAGAUGAGCCCAGUAAGCAUGUGGUUGAUGAAGUUAAACUUGAAGAGGGGUCGAAUAAGGGAAAUUUAGGUGAUAACAACGGGGGAUUGGAGGAGGGAAAGAAACAUAAAAAGGAGAAGAAGAAAAAGAAAGAGAAGGAUGUUAUGAAUAAUUUCUCUGACAGAGAGGGUGAGGUUAUCAAACCAGAAGAUGAGAUUGCAAGUUGGGAAGAUGACCGAAAAGAGAUACUAAGCAAUGGUGGUGUUCAGAACAGAGAUGAAGACUCUGUUGAUCAAAAGGACUUCCUAAAUAAAAAGAAAAAGAGACAUAUGGCAGGCGGCGAGGAUAAAAUAAAUACUGAUGAGGUAAAGAAGGUGCAGAAAAAAAGGAAGAACGAAGAUGUUGUAGGAAGAGAUGAUGAUAAAUCAGGGGAACCAACUAAGAAAAAGAUUAAGAAAAAGCAUGGGGGAGAUGAGUAGCUGCAGGUGUGUUAGCAUUUCACGUCGAUGUUGUUUAAGAAGUAAUUUGUUAGAUUAAUUUGAUUGUGGCAUUACUUCCAAAACCAUUAUUAACAUCACAUGAAUUUUUGUUGGUCUUGUGGACUGGAGCCGCAGCAUACCUGCUUAAUUUAUCAAACAAAUUAUGAACACGCCCACACAUGCAGCGGACCGUGGAGGAUCAUUUACAAGUGAAUUUAGGCUUACAAUUAUUAUGACUUGGCAUCUGUUAGAAUAUGCCAUUUUCCGGUGUUCCUUGUAAUUUGCUUAUAUUUCCCA